UGUAGAAAAAAUAUUUCUAUAACAUUUUUUUCGAUCUCACGCGCUUGAACUUCAAUUAAUUAUUCACAAAGUUUAUUAAUAUGAUGCAUGUGUAAAUAAUUAUUUGAAAUAUGAUUUUAUCGUUUUACAAUUUAUUAAAAAGGGUUAAAAUGGUUUUGUGUUUUUAAUUUUCAACUUUCGUGAACUGCGUUUAAUCUCAACCAGUCGACUGUAUAGUGUAGGAUGGUUUCAGUUUCAGCACUACAAAAAGCGGAAUGUCGGUAAAUAUUUGUGUCCGGGUAGCACAUCAAUCGUGCCGACUAGUUUUAAAGUCUUGUGGAAGGGCUGCGGUGAUUGAGUGUGAUGGAUGUAAUGGGCGGUCGAGCUGCCGAGGGGAGAUGUUGUGAUCAAUAAACAAGGUCUUUUCACCGCUUUCGCUCUCAUCUCGACCGAGAUGGAUGUCAAACAACUUUUACUAAAUUGAAAAUAAUCGAACAACUCGAUGUCUCCGCACAAUUGAACAACUCGAUGUCUCUGUACUAUCGACGAAACGCCAACGCCCAACUAUAAAUCAAUAGCGCCCGCCGCGAAUGCCCUCACAAGCCGUUCGUCCAGCGCGCCUCUCAGAUGUCAGCUCCAGUCAACGCCGUCGGGCGUACCAAACCAUCCAGACGGGCUAACGGAAAAACUUGUAAAACUCGUUGGAAUAAUAUGCAAGACCAAUACCGAAAAUCAAUUAAAAAAACAACAAGUGGGCAAGCCGCUAAAAAAGUAAAAAAAUAUAAAUUUGAUGACCAGCUACAAUUUUUAGAACCACGUAUACAAGAAAGAGACACUUUAAGCAACAUAGAAGAUGUAGUUGACAAUGAAGACGUUGACAUUUUCAAUGAAAACAUGGGCAAAAAUAAAAAUGAAAAUGAAAACGCUGAAAUUCAAAGUGACGAGCACAUGAACGAAAUAGUGUCAGACGGUGGCAAGCAGUUGCAAACUGUUAAACAAACUAUGGAUUCUAAGUCAAUUAAAAAAUGGACCAAAAAUCAUUUAAAUUAUUCACCAUAUUAUAUGACUUCACCGCUGAUGAAAUAUAUUACGCAUAAACAGGAUCAUAACAUGGCCAAUGCUACUCAGAGUAAUCCAGUCGAUGCUUUUUUGACAGGCCUCUCACCAACACUUAAGACAUUCACACCGUAUUAUUUGAACUUAGUGAAAUCUAAAAUAUUUUCAGUAGUACAAGAGCAUGAAAAGAAAAUGAUUUUAGACGAAGAACAGAAAAAAAAAUCUCAUACGGCGCCAAAUUUUACUGUAUCAUCGCCAACAUAUCAAUAAUUUAAUCCAAAUAUCAUUCCAAAUGCAGCUCAAAAAUACCAAUAUAUACAAGAACCAAGAGACGUCAUGACAUCUACAUCACACUAGUGCACUACCUGUCCUCUCCGCCAUCUCCACAAUUUUCUAAAAGAAAUGUUCAAAACUAUGCCUAUGUACAAGUGCUAUAGAAAAUACAAUAUCACCAAAUACUACAUAUUGUUCAUCUGCGGCACCAUCCUCUGCAGAUUUAAGUCAAAAUAUUUCUUUAAACCCUAUUCAGAACCUCGCCUAUAACAUUCAAGGACCUACAGACCUAACCAAUAAUUUUAUAUUAUAAUGUUCAUUUGUAUGUAGUUUUAGUUGUAUACCUAUUAAGUCUUUUUAAUGUACUAUGAAACUAUUCAACAUUUUUAAUAAUUAUGCAAGAAAAUAUUUACUUUAAAAGCAAUUAUCAUUUUUAUUAAUUUUACAAAAAAACAUAUUAUGUAUUUAAAAGAAUUUAAAAUUUGAAAGCUUAAUUUAAUUU